AUGGGCACACAAGAUGGCACUCAGCAAGUGAUUAUAGAGCUCUCUGACAUGAUUGUCACAGAUCCAUCCCAUACAGAUGAUAAUUAUUACAAAAAUUUAAUUGAUAAAUUUAAUUGUGAGAUGAGAAGAAGUUGCUGCAGAAAAAGAAAGCAAUCAAGUCCUAUGGGAUUUGAAAUGCAAUUUCAACUGGUUCACAAAUUCGGAACUGGAAGGAAUGGCAAUUCUCAACAAGAAUUACACUCACCAACGGAUAUUGCCAUUUCCUAUCAUCAUUCCUGCAUUCUCAUUAACGAUCAACAAAACAGAAGAAUUCAAUUAUUCGAUCUUGUGACAAAACAAUUCAAAAUCUCUCUCUUACAACCUCUUGGAAAACACUCUUUAACGAUUGCCCUACAAGAAAAUUACAAUAAUUUUGAUCAAGAUGCAUUACUCAUUGGUUGUAGCAAACACAUUCAAAAACAUGAUUUACAAAUUUUGGUACGGAGAGGAGGCAAUCGGGUGUGUCUAGACGCCCUUCUCUGGGAAGCCAAAGAGAAUUUGCAACAGUAUGACAUGAGGGGGUUGGCUGUGAAAUAUUCCUUUACGAAUUCAUUGAUUUUUGCAGCUUGUGUUAAUCCUUUUUCAGAUUUGAGUAGUCAAAUUGCAAUUUUAGAUGCAACAACAGGUCAAUGUAUGCAAACCUUUGCAUUUGGGAAAUCUCCUCGUGGAAUGUGUUUUUCUCCUCGACAUGAUCUUUUAUUGGUUUGCUCCACUCAUGAAAGUACAAUUUUAAUUUUCCAAGUCACACUGAAUUCAGGAACGAAUGAAGAGAAAUGGGAACAAAUUUCACAGUUUGGAAAAUGGGGUCACCACGAAGGUGAAUUUCAUCAUCCUCGUUCGAUUGUAUUUAAUGCAAAAUUCGGUCAUUGGAUUGUCUCUGAUUGGUUGAACGGCAGAGUUCAAAUUUUUAAUGAGAAGGGUUGUUUUGUCAAAAGUUAUGGGAAAUAUGGUGAUUUGGAUAACCAAUUCAAUGGUCCCAGUGGAGUUUGUCUUGAUGAGGAAACAGGUGAAUUGUAUAUUUGUGAUGGUGGAAAUGAUCGUGUAUUGGUUUUCAAAUAA